AUGACAUCCAGAACAAAAACUGGCCGCUUGAGGCUUUCAAUACCGACCACUGCUUCUAGCACAAAAGUCCAAAUUCCUUCAAGGCUCAAUUCUGCAACUCAUGAUUGCAUGGAUCUUUCUAGCACAGUCCCCGAUGAUGAUUAUUCUCAAGAUACUGCCUUUUCAUUGUCGCCAACAUUCCAUAGCCAAAGUGGCUUUAGUGAAAUGACCCACUGGGGUUUUAAUGAUGUUUUGAGCUCGGACAUUAGCUCUACCAGCGAGGCCACAGAAGAAUCCUUUGAUACCAGGUCAAUCCAGGCGGGCGAUUAUGAAAUCUCAGAUGCCCAGAUGCUUCCAUUUUCUUCAUGUUCUCCUCCUCUGUUUCCCAGUGCUGAUGGAUCCGCGGAUCAGUCCAUUCCCGAGCUUGGCCACCUACCAGGACUUUCGGAUUCUCAAGAGAAUGCACAGUUGUGCCUCACCCACCCACAAGCAUAUCGGACUUUUUCCACGCUCAACUUGUCGUUUGAGAAUGAUGCGAUUAACAAUUCCGUUGAAUUGGGCGACCGAAAAUCGCUUGGGCUAGGCAUCUCCCCUCAACACAUGAUUAAGCCCGAAGCCUUCACACAAGGCACAUGGGGGUCAAUUUCAGGCGAUGUCAGCGGAACCGCCAAUUUGGACAUGAGCGGGCCAUUGAAUCAUGUCAACCAACUUCCGGCGACACCUCCUCUGACAGAGCCCAACCGGGACUUUUCUGGAAAUUCCUCUUGCUCCCAAGGCUACCCAUUUACCGGCCAGGACGAAUGCCAGUUUGUUGAUUUUUCUGAUACGUCCUCUCUUUCUACUCAAAAUUUCAGCAUCGGGGAACCUUUCUAUCCCCUAACGCCACCACUUGUUGAGCAGGAUCCAAAUAGAACAAUUCGCCCACACAAGCAAUCACAGAGACCCAUUUUAUCAGCUGCAUUGGCUCGUCCCUCAAAUAAAGAAUCAGACCUUUUGCAUUUGGAACAACCCGUUGGUCAAAGACCAAAGGAUCUAUUGGAAGCCAGGAAUCCCCGGGACCACGCUUUCUAUUCUUAUUCAACCCGGCGAGAUGGGAAAUACCACUGCCCGUUUGCCGAAGGAAAAAAUCCCUGCAAACACAACCCCACCACUCAGAAAUGCACAUACCACAAAUACUUGGAUUCCCACCUGAAACCCUACCGAUGCAAGGUCCCACAGUGUGUAGAUGCACACUUCUCCUCAAAUGCAUGCUUGUUUCGCCACGAGCGGGAAGCGCAUGGCAUGCACGGACACGGGGAGAACCCACACCUUUGCCGUUUCCCUUCGUGUGAUAGAUCUAUUCCUGGAAAUGGAUUCCCCCGCCGUUGGAAUCUUCACGACCACAUGAGACGUGUUCAUGACUAUACAAGCUCAGAAAAGGCCAGCUCGCCAGAAAGGUCCCCUAUUUCUGCAGGUAAAUCUACAGUGACCAAGAAGAAGGACGGUUCCCUUCGCAAGCGCAAAGGUGUUGCCGCUGGUGGCCAAGUGAUCAAACGUGUCCGGGCGGCCCAAGCCCCUCCCCAGUCGCAAGCUACGUUAAAAGCUAUCCAGGCCCACACGGAUCAACAGCUUCAAAAUGCAGAGAGAAGCUAUUAUGAUUGCUUGUCUGAGAUCAAAAGUGACCUUGGGAAUAUCAACCCUCAGGAUCCGUCAAUUCAUGAGAGAAUCAACGCAAGGCUGCAGGAACUACAUACCCAUGCCUUGAACUAUCGAUACAUCAAGGCCAGCCAACUGUCAACGAAAAGGCCUUGUUGA